AGAACAGGGGUAGCAUGGGAGUGGAAGCACCCACUGUAGCAUUACCAAAGCAUCGUUGAACAGAAAACGCGUAGGCGCCUUUCUCGUUUCUUUCUUUUUUUUUAAUUAUCACUUCACCUGAAGCUCACUCCCCAUUCCGUAUUCGUGCAAUCCCUUUCCCCGGCGGUCAACACCGCUUAACAUCUUCAUUCACGUUCUCAUUCUUUAGCGUUUCGCGACACGGCUCUUUUGAUUCUCCGGUCACUUCAAACAGCCGCAGCCUUUUCUUCUUGUCUUUUUAAUAACGACGUAAAUGUUUUGUUUUUCUGUUUUCUUGUUGUUGUUGAUGCUGUUUUGUUUCUACCAUCGUCAUUGUCAUCGUCUUCGUUCAUUAGUUCUUUUCAGGUCAGUCAAUAGGCCCUCUCUCCCCCUCUCGCCGAUCGUGUCGCCUCAGCCCACAUGCGGUCUCCAACAUGUCUCUCCCGCGACCACCUGCAGCUUUCCACCGUCACGACAGUCGCGCAGCCUACGUCGCCGCCGGCAACACACACCGAAGCGGAUGACAUGGCCGCACUGCACAGCACCGAGGUGGACGAUACGACGGAGACCAAGCAGCAUGCAAUGCUGUCGAAGCACGACGGCGACUCCUCUUCCACCGGUCAUCACCACAACCAUCGGCGCCACAGAGUCACCACCACAACAGUAGUGGUGGCCGUCGACGCUGCCAACAACGGCGGUGGCAGACUCUAUCGCGAGAAGCCCAGCAGAUCCCCACGUAGGCACUCGCUGCAGCGCGUCAGUAGAGGGCGAGCGCCGUCGCUGGCGUCUCCCCGUAGAGCAGCAACAAAAGACAGCGUCACGGGUCAGCAUUCGCAUCCUGCACGCAACUCGUCUUCUCAUGAAAAGAACGAGUGGGGUCACUGCAGCAAACGUGUCGAUCGGCCUCACACCGACGUCCCGGACACGAAUCGCCCCAACAACGAUGCAUCUACCCAACCAAACUUUCGAGGCAACAGUUCUUUCCACGGGCAGCAGAGACAUCCUCUUCUACCCUUCACUACAUCCACUAGCAACAGCAGCAGCGCCACGAACACGAACACGAACACGGCGAAUGCUCCCUCACCUGCACGCAACCCUCAUCACGUGAAAGCUGCUGGUAUGAACUUGGCGGUGAGUCACGCCUCGUUGAGCCACGGCGGCUACCAGUUCUCUUUUCCGUCCUUCACCGUCAAGGGCGUGAAGUCUGGUGUUCCCCCUCCGCCGCUCUCGAAGCAGCCACAACGCCAACAAAUAAUGAACAGCGCGUACGACCUGGAUCCACACGCGCCUUCGACACCGCUAAUGUCCUCCUCCGUGCCGACCGACAUUCGUGCACGAGCGCAGCAACCGCCCGAGACACUCCAUGCUCCUUCCGCCUUUCCCUACCGGCGGCACGGGCAAGGGGUGGCCGGCGAGUCGCCUGGGCUGCAGCGCAUCUCGCACACGAGGCGACCGUGGCAGAGUAUGGGGGAGUGGAACUCGACCGGCCGUGUCCACGACGACGGCCACCCCCGACAGCCGGGUGCCUCUCGUGCGGCAGAAGAAGAAGUAAACCUCGCCACAACCAAGCGCCACGACGGUCAGCGUCGCCGCGGAAGCGCUGCUGUACUCUCAGAUACGAGUUGUGACGCACAGAACAUUGAAGGUACGGCUUUCCUGCUUACUGCAGAGCCGAGCGUGGCUGCGGUGAAUGCCAUCCUUCCAGACACGGCUCACAUCCGCGACUACCGCUUUCCCUCCAUCUUUGAUCAGCUCAGCAAGGCGUCUUCACCCCCGCAGUCUUUUCUUCUCGCACCUGGUGUGCAGCCGAGUCUACUGGAACCCGAGCUGACCUCCGCCGCGCCUUCUGUGAUGUGGCGGUCGGCCUUCGGGAGCUUCUCCACGGCCAGGCUCGAUGAAGAGGGGGGAGGGGAUCGGCGGACGGAGAAGGAAGCACGGGACUUCAUCGCCGCACCGCGGAGUCUUUACGGCUCCGUUGUGGCGGGGGGCAGCCGCACAGAAAUGGGCAGCUUCUUUUCUCCGAUGAACAUCCCACCCCCUGCGCUCUCCAGCAACAGUGGCGCGGAAGAGGAAGAAACGAAGAAUCCACCACAUCGGCGAGGUCCUCCAGCGAGAGGUGCGGUGGACGUGAAGUCGCUGCACGUGGAGGCGCCGCUGUCUGACGAAGACGAUGAAGGCAGCCAUGAAAGCAAAACACGUACUUUGGCGCUUGCAGCUCACCCUUCCGAUGCGACACAACGCGGUCACCACAACGCAAGCGAGCCGCGAAUUUCUCAAGGCGGCUCUCGCCACUGUCGGCCUCUGCCCAAGACUUUGGUGAAGACGAGCUCCCUCUUCAUCGCCAGUGGGAGCUCCUUUCAUCAGCCGGGGCGGACGACCAGCAAAUGCGAAAGCGACUUCUGGGAUGUGCCGCAGGAAGCCGACAGCGACGAGGAAGCAAGCGAAUCCGGCAGCAUCGGUGCGGUGGUGGACGCGAAGGAGCGCCGGUCACAGCGCAGCGAGCUCGCCCGCAAAGUGACGAUGUACGGCCGGAACUGGUUGGAGGAAACCGGCAGAGGUGGGGUGAAGGGAAGUGCAGGUCAGACAGGCAACAGCAUCAUCUACAGCAACAACGAAGAUGGUACGCCUGCUGCGCUUCAUGCCAACUCGCACGAAACCCCUCUUUGUCAUCACCGCCACCGUCACCACCACUCCGACGAGGGUGAUAACAUCUCCCCCUCCUCUGCAUCCUUCUACCGCGGAAACAGCAGUGACAGCGACAACUCCAGUGAUGACGGGCACACCAACACCGACGGCCGUCACACGUGUCAGCCUCCAUGGCAGCAGGAUGUGGCAGCGUUGCCACAGCAAGAAGAAAGGGAAUCCGUCGUGGAUGUUGCGGUGCUCCAGCGCAUCCUCUCCGCGACGGUGGACUGCAACGGCGGCCUCGAGGAGGAGGAGGAGGAGGAGUACGUCCGCGCGUACCCGACGGCGCCGGUCCCACCACUUCACCCUCCCCGACCGGAGCGCCCUGCGUACGCGCCGCCUACCGUGGCAGCCGCCCCUCUCCGCACACCAUACUUCGGUCGUGUGGGUAACGCUUCUCCCUUUCGAUACGCGACCGCGGCGCAGCAGCAGCAGCGUCAGCAUCACCGGAGGAGCACACCCACACGGUGUGUGGCAGGCAACGGCUUCACGCAGCCUGGCAGGAACGCGGGAGGGGGUAUUACCGGGACACAUGCGGCGGUGUACGUGCGUAUGUUUGCCCGGGGGCAGGGCUGCCAUACCUCCAUUAAUGGCCGUUGCACAUCCUCUCCAUCAUCCGCUGGCUCGCCCAACGGACACGCUGUGCCGUUUCGACAGACCGCAACAGGCCGGCCACGGGUGCACCAGCUGCUGGGCCUAAAUCCGAGAGCAGACAUUCGAUGGGUGAGGUCGCCAGACUGGCGUAGAAUGCCACCCAAAUAG